AUGAGCGUGGCGCUGCGGAACGCCCAGCGGGCCGUGCCGGUGCGCCGUGCCCCGCUCCGCCGCGCAGUGUGCGCCCUGCGGGCCGCGCUGGGCGCCUCCCGCUUCGAUGUGGGGUUGGUGUGCGCCGGCAACCGGCUGAUGAAGCGUCUGAACGGCGCGUACCGGCAUUGUCCGGAGCCCACCGACGUCCUCUCCUUCCCCUUCCACCGGGUGGCGCCGGGGGAGCUGCCGCGGCCGCGCUGCCGCGACGAGUACAACUUGGGGGAUAUCUUCCUGGGGGUAGAGUACAUCCAUCAGCAGUGCCGCGACACCGGGGAGGACUUCGACAGUGUCCUGGCGGUGACGGCAGCCCACGGACUGUGCCAUUUGCUUGGCUACCAGCACAACACAGAAGCCGAGUGGCAACAGAUGUACCAGAAGGAGGCGGAGAUCCUGCAAGAGCUGAACCGCCUCACCGGCGCCAGCCUCCGGCCCCUGACCGCGGGCCUCUUCUGAGGGGGCCGCCCCGAGGGGCCGGGCCGCGACCAGGGCCGCCCCGGACGUGGC